GGACUUUUAACCUUGUAGUCUCACUCAAUAGGUCUCAGUCUUCUAUCUGGACGUUUAUGAACAGGAACGCAGCUUAGUUUAGAUUCAAUAUAAAUUUGUGUUCAUUAAUAUUUACAAUGGAACCACAACGGCAUGAACAGUUCCAUAAUUUUUUGCGACGUAUGACACCUACACAGACUGUCCGAAUCAAGGACAGCAUUGAAAGUUACCGCAACACUCAUUCAAACGAAAGACCACUAAUCCUGGUGGAUCUUAUGCAUCUAGAUCAGAUGGUAACCAACAAGGAAACAAGGCUGCGUAACAUUUGUGGGCCAAAUUUGAAUGUAUUGCAACAGUUCGAGCGCCUUUUCCGGUUUCUUCGAGAUGAAUGCCAGGCAGAAAUAGUGUUUUUUGUCGAUGGUCCCAGUUCCAGUGACACUUUUCCGGAUAUGGUCCACUACCAACCGCAUCAUAAAGACGGACGGUAUGAUCACGACAUCGAAGUCAUAGAUUUGCUAAAUAAUGGCAAAAGCUGCAAACAGUUUUUGCCCCGGCGCUUACACAUCCCUACAGAUCGAAUUUUAAUGGACUCUAUGAAAACACUGGCCCAAAAGUAUGGUAUCUUGUGGCAUGCCCUGCAGAAUCCGCGGUAUCUAGAAAUAGCCAAAUAUGCUGUACAGUUCAGGGCCAUGGCUGUGCUGACUAAGAAAAUGAAAUUUAUUCUUCUGACCGGUUUACUUCCGUUGAAGGUAUGGUACGUGCUAGAGCUUGAUCUAGAAUUGAUGGAGGUAUCUGAAUUGGAUACCGCAAGUGUUCGUCGGGAAAUGGGAUUGAAGACGCAUAAGCAACGUCUUCUAAUGACCGCCUUGCUACCCGGUUCAUUCAUCGGUAACUGUACCACUGGCCGUAAUCUGGUCCGAGUUCACAAUGUAGUGAAAAAGUUACCUGGAAAUAUAGAGCGGGACCAGUAUUGUGCAGCUGCGAGAGCGAUCUUUGGUGAUCGUUAUUCCGAAGCUCUAGUAGAUGAUUUGCAACGUGCAUGUAAAUACAAUGACGUACAAACCUUCGAAUUAUCAGUGCAAAAAGAUAAUCAAUCAUCUUGGGAGUACGACAUCAUAAACAAUCGCACUUCGGUGAUUACCAUUAUGCUAAACGACUACCGGUAUUGGGAUGAAAAAGGAAUCCACUUUGCUCAGCUGGUUACGGAAUUUUACGCUCGAGCUGCUGGUAUACUUCUGACUCGAAAUGGACAGGGCGCCCCCCAAUCAAGGCAACUGUAUAUGAAACGAUCCCACGAAUCUCACUUCAAUAACUACUCAGUGGAUGUAAAAUUUCCUGAUCCGAUUAAUAUCACACAUACCCCUGUUCCGGAAGGCGACAUUACGGAAGAAAGUUUGGACUAUUUGAGAUUCGUGUUUGACAUAGAUGCACUGCCUACUGAACGUAUCGACCGAUUGGUUAAAUCAGAUAAUUGUUGGAAACUGUUGGAUUAUAUUACAAUUUUCUACAUGCUCAAGAAAAGCAUUAUAUCAUCGAAUGUCGCAGACAGUAUUCUGCUUGCAGUUGAAAAUUACAACACUCGUAAUGCGCUACUCGAUAAAGUUCCAGACGAAUUAAAUAUGGAAAUGUUCCACGCGACCUUUAUGUAUGUUCGCUGGAGAUACUACGUACGGGAAGCCCUCGUUAUCUGCGGUAUUACAGAAGCAUUGAUUGACAACCAAUGCCGACUGGAUGGUGUUAAAGUUCAAAACAUUCACCAACACUGCCUACAGAACUCAGAAGCUGUCAAUGAAUAUGAUACCAACGGUUGUGUCAGACAGUAUCGAUUCUACGAAUAAUCAUGUUACAUGUUUAAAACAAUAAAGACGAAGUUUAUUACAGCAAAAUAAAUCAAAUCAAA